AUGGAUCCAGUCACGGCUUCAGCUCAUGGUCAUUCCCUCCCACCUCCUUUCAACACUAGAGAUUUCAAUCUUCAGCAAUUCCACCACCAGACCCAUAAUUCAGAAGAUGAGCACAGCGGCACCAGCGGCCUAAACAUGGGCCAAAAGCGAGAUCGUGAGGAAAAGAAUGACAUCAACGGUGGCGAUGGGAAAGAUGGAGGAAGCUCAGCUGGAGACGGAGGAGAAAUCACAAGGCGGCCUCGCGGUAGACCAGCUGGAUCCAAGAACAAACCUAAACCCCCCAUCAUUAUCACCCGUGACAGCGCGAAUGCGCUAAGAACCCACGUUAUGGAAAUCGCAGAUGGAUGCGAUAUCAUGGAAAGCGUGGCGAAUUUCGCCAGGAGACGCCAAAGAGGGGUAUGCAUCAUGAGUGGAACUGGCACCGUAACGAACGUUACGCUUAGGCAACCGGCUUCACCGGGUGCUGUAGUGACAUUGCACGGCCGGUUCGAGAUCUUAUCCCUUGCGGGGUCUUUCUUACCCCCACCUGCUCCUCCGGCCGCGACAACCCUGACUAUAUACUUAGCUGGUGGGCAAGGGCAAGUGGUGGGGGGAAGUGUUGUUGGAGCACUUAUGGCAUCAGGGCCUGUUGUCAUCAUGGCUGCUUCCUUCAGCAAUGCUGCAUAUGAGAGACUUCCACUAGAUGAAGAUGAGAGUUCGCUGCAAAUGCAAGGAGGAUCACUGGGAUCUCCAGGAGCGGUUGGAGGGCAGCAGCAGCAGCAGCAGCAGCAGCAAUUGAUGGCGGACCCUUCUUUGUUUAGCAUGCCUCCUAAUCUUCUCAACUCGGUUCAAUUGCCUAAUGAAGCUUAUUGGGCUACUGGUCGCCCUCCAUUCUAA